UCAACAAGGAAGUUGAUUUCUGCUAAUGAGAAGAAACCACAAUAAAAAAUAAUGCUGGUUAUCUAGAAUAUAUCAACUAUACAGGCUUAAUUAAGAACUUUAUUAUGAUUAUCCAUCUGAGAUGAGUACAACCAGUAGCAGGCUAAAAUGAAAAUCAAAUAAUAAUUACUUCUUGGUGUAUGUUAUAACUAUUAAAAUGGAACCAAUUCAACAUAAUAGACCUGGGCAGAGGACAACAUUAUGUAUUAACGAAGCAUUUGAUUUUCUGGAAUCUGCCGAAUACGCAAUACCUGAGCAUACAGCGCCUAUCAUAACUCCUUGUAUGAGGAGAGCGGUAAGUGAGACUGGAAUAACUGGAAAAGUGCAAAACGACAUUUAUUACAGAGAGAGUAUCAAUGGACACAUUGUAGAAAAUGAAGAAUUUGGUUGCCAUGGGAACCUGAAAUGUAAACAAGAGGAUGAAAACUGUAAUCUUGCUUUGGAAUCUUCUGAAAUCGUAGACAUGGAAAAUUUAUUAAACAAAUCAUUUAAUAAAAACUCAGAAAUAAUUAUCAAUGAGCAAGAGAAUGGCUCCACUGAAAUAGAUAUUCCAGAUUUUAAAUUAGUGGGAGAUAACUCUGAAGAAAAACAAUCUAAGGGAGAUAAUAAUCCAGAUCAAAGUUGUAUUUGCUCACAAAAUAAUUUGGUUGUGACAAAAAAUGAUGAUUGUGAUUCUGGUUGUGGAGACAUAAUGUCUUCAGUUGAAAGGUUACCAGUUGAAGGUUGUGAUAGGCUAUCAUCAGUAUCAGCAGAUAACAACGCAGUCAUAGCAACAGCAUUAACAAAUGGAGAAAAAGAGGAAGGGCAUAUUGAAAAUGAGGUUGAUGAAGUUGACACAAAUCAAAUUAAUGAAAACAAUGAAAUUAUUAAAAAAAUUGUUGAUAAAAAAAAAGUGGAUGAAAAAAAUGUUGAGGAAAAUAAUAUUGAAAAAAUUGAAAAUAAAGUUAAUGAAAUUAGCGAAAAUAAAGUUGAAGAAAAUGGCCUCUCUGUCAAUACGCAUUCAGAAACUGAAGUAAUAAGAGAAAAUUCGAGUAAGGAGACUUUGAAAAAUACAGUGAGAAAUGACCUAGUUCUGAAAAAUGGUUGUGAUAAUAAUGAUGAAGAUGAAGAAGAGGUUGUCAGACUUCGUCCAAAAUCUGUAACAAUGCCAAGUCCUAGACGAGGAACUACACAAAUUGUUAGUGAUGUGUUUGGAUUCCUAAAGGAAAUCAGUGAUGAGGAUGAUGAUGACAAAAAUGUCCGCAGAAGUAGUGGAUACAAAUCAUCCAACUUACCUGAAGAGAUUCCUAAGCUUACGGAAAAUGUCAACAAAUUGUCGGGGAGUCGAGAGUCAAGUGGGGAUGUUGGUAAACAUAAUAAAGUUAUCAGUGAAAGUUCAAUAGAUAAGGGAAGUUCAAUCAAGGAAGUAAAAAAGCCAAAAGUCAGACGACAGAAAUCUCAUAAAGAUAUGGAUGAUGAUCAGAACUCGGAAGAUUCUUCUGAUGAAGAUACAGGUAUUUACAAUGAGAGUUUCAGGAAUUCCUGUUGGAUUUGUGUGGAUGACACUCCUCAUCCUGUAAUGCAGGACUCCAUUGAUGAAGUUGAUGAAGAGAAUCAGAAUGAAGAAGAUAUGGUAGAUGGCAGGAAAUCAGAUGAUGUUUUUGUGGAUAACAUAUCACCAAGAUUUAUGAAUGGAACAUCUAAUGGAAUAAAGCCACAUCAUAAACGAUCUGAUUCUACGACAACCACUGCAUCAGAGAGUGAAUUUAAACGGAGUUUCCAGACUCGACGUAAAUGUUUCAUUCAAAGAAAAAACAGUCAACAGGAAUAUGAAAGGAUGUCUUGUCGAGUAUUUGACAAUGAAAGAGUAGUAACAUUGGAGAAGAAAUCAGAAGAGAAUGGAUUUGGAUUACAUAUUUUAGAUACACAUCCUGUUAUAGUUUCUGGAGUGGAUUCAGAAAGUCCAGCAUUUAGAGCAGGUGUCAAAGAAGGUCAGAUUUUACUCAUGGUAAAUGGUGAAUCAGUUCUAGAAGCCACCCAUGACAGGAUUAUCUCUCUUACACAACAGAGUACUAAGACUUUACAGAUAGAGGUAGCUAAUGCAGAUAUUCACUAUAUCAGAGAUUUACAGAAACCAGUCAUAUCUGGUUACCUGUAUAAACAAAAGGGUUCUACAUUCCUUAGAUCCUGGAAAAGGCGAUAUUGUGUAAUGAGGCAGGACAAUUGUUUGUACUACUAUAAAAACCAAGGGGAUGUAGACCCUUUGGGAGCUAUACCAAUGUUAAAUUACACAGUUUCUCGACACCAAGACAGCAGUAAAGAGUUCUGUUUUAAAGCUGAGAAAUAUGGAGCAAAGACCUAUUAUUUUAGUGUAGAGAACAGAGAGGAUAUGGCCAGAUGGGUUGGAGCAAUGAAUGAAGCAUCAAUGACAUCUAAGAAAAGGAAAGAAUCUUGGAUGGAUGUCACAAGCCACAAUGUUGGGUUACCUGCCCUUGAAGUGAGAAAACCUGAAUGUUCAGGAUCUUUAAUGAAGUGUGCUCGAGCUACAAAGACUUGGCAGAAAAGAUAUUGUGUCUUAAAAGACGCCUGUAUAUACUAUUACAAAAAUAUGUAUUCACCAAGGGCUCAAGGAAUGGCUCAUCUCCAUGGAUACACAUUACAUGAAUCAUCAAAGAAGUUUUCCUUCACAUUAAAACCACCAGAACCUCAAAUGAAACCAUUUACUUUUGCUGCUGACAAUGAAACAGAUAAAAACAGAUGGGUCGAGGCGCUGUCCAAAUCAAUACAGAGAUGGAUCAAGGUUGAUUAAGAAGGAUAACUCUUGUUUGUUGAUUGACAUCUUGUUGAACUGGAUCCCUGUACCACAAUCUGAGUAUACAUUCCUGUUAACUGGUUCCUUUUGACUGGGAUUGAUUAGAAAGUCUAACACAUGUACAGUGAUAACUUGUUAAACUGAAUCCCUGUUCCAUAAAUCUUUAUUUGCAUUCCUGCUAACUGGUUCCUAUUGACCAUAUUUCUUUUAUAUAAGAGCAUGAAGCAGUAAUGAAUCCAAAGGGUCAAAGCAUUACUUUAUUUUUUGAAAGAACUUGAAUAACUGAAGAAAACUGAUGUGAAAGCUUUAUGGAUGAUUUUUUUCUAUUUAAAAUCUAGAAA